AUGACGCUCUGCCGCCGCCGCCUACCGACCACCAGUCAGUCCGCCCAGAGACGACGCUCCGCCGCCUACCAACCACCAGUCAGUCCGCCCAGAGACGACGCUCCGCCGCCUACCAACCACCCGUUCAGUCCGCCCAGAGAAUACGCUCCGCCAACUACCAACCACCCGUUCAGUCCGCCCAGAGAAGACGCUCCGCCGCCGCCUACCAACCACCCGUUCAGUCCGCCCAGAGAAAACGCUCCGCCGACUACCAACCACCCGUUCAGUCCGCCCAGAGAAGACGCUCCGCCGCCGCCUACCAACCUCCCGUUCAGUCCGCCCAGAGAAGACGCUCCGCCGCCGCCUACCAACCACCCGUUCAGUCCGCCCAGAGACGACGCUCUGCCGCCGCCGCCUACCGACCACCAUCCGCCCAGAGAAAACGCUCCGCCGCCUACCAACCACCCGUUCAGUCCGCCCAGAGAAAACGCUCCGCCAACUACCAACCACCCGUUCAGUCCGCCCAGAGAAGACGCUCCGCCGCCGCCUAACAACCACCCGUUCAGUCCGCCCAGAGAAGACGCUCCGCCGCCGCCUACCAACCACCCGUUCAGUCCGCCCAGAGAAGACGCUCCGCCGCCGCCUACCAACCACCCGUUCAGCCCGCCCAGAGAAGACGCUCCGCUGCCACCUACCAACCACCCGUUCAGUCCGCCCAGAGAAAACGCUCCGCCGCCUACCAACCACCCGUUCAGUCCGCCCAGAGAAGACGCUCCGCCGCCGCCUACCAACCACCCGUUCAGUCCGCCCAGAGAAGACGCUCCGCCGCCGCCUACCAACCUCCCGUUCAGUCCGCCCAGAGAAGACGCUCCGCCGCCGCCUACCAACCACCCGUUCAGUCUGCCCAGAGAUGACGCUCCGCCGCCUUUGAAGGAGUGCCGGCUAAAAAACAGUUACAGUUUGUGA